GAAUUACAAUUAAUGGGCAGCUUAUUGGAGCCAAGAAAUUCUUGAAUAAUAAACUGAACACCUACUUUGGCAAGAUUGGAUUUAAUUUUGAAAUGAAAGGCUUAAAGGUUGAAGUCAGCACUGAGUCAAUCACCUUAAAGGAUGGUUCUUCCACCAGUUCUCUUUCCUGGUCAGAGACAGGAAGACUCAUUCGGAGGAGGUUGCUGGUCUCAGUGAAGCAAGAGAGCAACGUCACUCUCACUGUAGAUGGGGAUCUGACCUUUAUGGUCCUACUCCAUCGGGUCUGGAAGAAGCAUCCCGUCAAUGUGGAUUUCCUGGGGAUCUACAUCUCCCCUGCAAAUAAUUUCUCCUCCACUGUGCAUGGCCUUAUUGGUAAAGCUGGAUGUGGGAGGUGGUUCCAUGGCUCUUUCUACCUUUAGACAGCAUGACAGCAAGUAGAA